AAUUUCUGGUCGCUUUUUCGGGACACGCCGCUCGCACCCAACAGCUUCCGGGUGAUCUCUGGAGCGAGCCCGGUUAUUUUUCUCCCGUGACUCCGAGUACGACGAGCUCAGUUUUCCAAUAGACACCCAGGGGACUGCGAGGCGUCCACUAUGACUCUGCGCGGCGGUGCGCAUUUUGUUGUGCUUUUUCCUCGGAACACAUAGCGGCAAGCCGUAGGGAACUCGCUUGAGGACAAUGCGGCACUAGUCACACCGGCCGCUUCUUUGGUUAUCUGGGAUUGAGUAGAUCGUCGCUUCUCGCGGAGUGCUCUAAACGCGAUGCUGGAGAGGACAGCGACGAGCAUCGAGCCGUGCAGCAGCAGCCUCCAGCGAGUUCUUCCGUCGGCCAGGUCUUGUUUGCAAAGCCGCCGCAAGCUCCAUACCACGUUCUGGCACCAUGGAGCUGCGGAGAUGGAGCUCAUCGACGCCUGCCAGGCCCUCAUGCGCAUGCCUCCCGCCCAGCCGACCUCUCAUGCGCCGCCGACGAAACCCAACAAGCCGCCCGAGACGAUGACAGCUUCCGGAUUCCUCCUUGACUUCCUGUACCCGACCGGCACCGCAGCUCUUUUACGAAAGCCGUAUCUGAUACACCCGGUGCGCCUGGAUCCGAGGCCGAGGACCUCAAGCCGCAUGUCGCGUCUCUUCACCUCAGCGGUCUCUCGCCACUCGGAUAAUCCCUCGACCUCGCAUGCGGCUGCGAGGGAGUCUGGCAGCCUAGGAGAAGCAGAGGAGCAUGACGUCGGGAAGCAAAGAUAUCACGAGUAUGACUUUGAAGAUGAAGACGGCGAUGAGGGUGGUGGCGAGGAAGGAGCUGAGGAAGGAGCUGAGGAAGAAGUCGGGUUCGCAGAUCCAGAAGCGUUGCGGAAACUCCUAUAUUCCGACCACGCCGGCGCUUAUGAUCAGAUCUUUCAGCUCUACGCGAAUCUUGAUCCGAGCCUGAAAGACGACUUCACAACCGAUGUUCUCCUCGCCAUUGCUCCGUCGACGCGCCCAAUCGAAGCUUGGAGAGUUAACGACCUGUUUGCGCACUAUCGAGUCGACGAGUGGACCGAGGACAUAGUCCGUGCUGCGGUCAAGGCGCGGCUUUCAUUGCACAAUGUCCCAGAAGCCAUGUCGAUUUUCAGAACUGCAAUGGAACAGCGUGGGUUUGGUCGAGCGUUGGACUACAUUCUGUCCUACGGAUUUGAGCUGUCGUCAUGGGACUUGAUUCUGGAAGCGUGGCAGCUGUACUUCAGCAUCAAGGGGGAAUCAGAACCUGUGUUUCAACCACCGAGUCAGACAACUACGCAGCCCGACGUUGAAGCGACGGAUGCGCCAGGUCUGGAGGAGGUAGUCGAGUCAGAGCAGCUCGAAGACGUUGAACCCGAUGCCACACCGGUGGCUGCGGCGGAACUACAGCCUUCUGCGGAACCGAAAGCGGCGGAGCCAGAUGCCGAGUCGGCGCAACUGCAGAACGUCGAGUCUGUAGUCGCGCCAUCAACCGAGCAGACCGCAAAGUCGAUGCCUGAAUCGACAGCGGUGGCAGCACUGAAGCCCGGGCAAGAGCCAGCAUCUUCACAAGACACCCAGUUUGCUGUCGAGUCCGGGGUUGUGCAGGACGCAGGAGCCAUUUCCCCGGCUGACUCUGCGGUUGAGGAUAGUCCAGAGUCCCCGGUGAAUCACGAGGCCGCAACCACACGAAGCACCGGGCUGGGAAUCAGCUACCCGACUCUGGCUGCAACAGAGAACUUCGAGGUCAAAGUCAGGGAGCUGUACAAGUUCCUCGAAAACGAUCCUGAGCGCCUGGACAAACGCACCGCGCUUGUCGAUUCGUUUCUGAAACACAUCGUCAGACAUUCGUUGGACUUGUUCCGACCGUCGGAUGUUAUAUUCAUGCUAGACCGUGCCCGCGAUCCGCUAUCCUAUGAGCGCUACAUCAUCCUCAACGCGGAGCAGGGGCGGAACAGGCUCGCGAGCGACCUCUACAAGAAGUACCGCGCGCUUCCCAAUAAAGCGCGCGUGGCCGAGUCCGUCCUGCGUGUCAUGAUUGACAUCUUCUUCCCACACAACGUCCAUGGAAUGGAACUGCUUCUGGAGGACUGGUACCGCGACUAUGGCCGCCUGAAUGAGAGGGCAUACCAUAAGUUCAUGGCCUUCUAUGCGGGACGUGGCGAUAUCAAGUCCAUCAUGCGGCUGGUCAAGGAGUAUGCCAAACACUACGAUGUCGAGGUCGAGAAAGAUCCAAAGUGGGUCGCGAACCUCAUGCAUGCUCAUGCGGUCCGGGGCGAUCCAGAGGCAGCCCGCCAUGUCAUGGACAGUGCUGUUGAGAGAUCCGGGGAGCCGCCCGAGGUGAAGCAAUGGAACAUCUUGCUGAACGCCUACGCGAAGGCAGGGGAUUACGAAGGAGCCAUCGAUCUUUUUGCACACAUUUGCAACGAAUGCGAGCCAGACGACUACACGUUCGCCACCAUGAUGCACAUGGCUGGCUUCCGCGGCGACCUUCAGUUCACUCUCGAACUCUUCCAGCUGGCAAGGGAGCGGAACAUUGAGCCGAACGUGGCGAUGAUGCGGGCGUUGGCCGAGGCGUACUGCCAGAACGACCGGCAUGCCGAGGCGGAGAAACUGUGCGUCCAGCUCACAAAGAGACGGGAAAUCGCCGGCGACUAUACUUUCCUCUGGAACGGGCUUCUUCGGCAUAACGCGAGGCGGCGAGAUCUGACCACGGUCAACCGGUUGCUCGAGCUUAUGUCGUCGCUGGGGAUCGCCUACAACCAGGAAACGUACAGUCAACUGAUCCUGGCGCUGCUCUACGCCCGCCAGUCCCAUCAUGCCAUGCACCUGCUCCGGGUAGCCCACCGCGAGGGCGUCUUCGAGCCUACGGCAGACCACUACGUCAUGCUCAUGGCGGCCUUCAUCAACAGCGGCGAGCCGCACAUGGCGCUCAGAACCAACGAGCUGAUGGCCAAGAUGAACUACCCUGAGUCGGCGAUGCGCAUGACCAAAGUCAUCGACGCGCUGGGAAGAUGGCAGCAGCUCCCUUCCAGCAAGCGGCGGGGCCUCCGCGGACAGCACUUCCUCAAGAGGAUCCUGCGCGGUUUCUACGAGGCCAUGAAGAGGGAGGAGCAGGGUGCGCCAGACGACGUCCGCUCGGUCGUCGGCCUCUACUCCAAAGUGAUAUUCAUCUUGACGCAGAUGCGCGAGUUCGCCACGGUGCAGCAAAUCGUACAGCUCCACAACUCUCGGUAUCCCUCCCGCGGCACCGAGGAGACCAUCCCGCUCAAGCUGCUGCACAGCGUCAUGCUCGCCGAUUUCUACGAGAAGAAGUACGACCGCGUCAAGCAGACAUGGGAGCUCAUCCUCGAGAGAUCAAGCGAGCGGUACCAGCCCGCCUCGGCUCACCUUGGCGCCGAGGACCCCACCGCGCCGCGCAAGCCGGUCAUCUACGCCCAGCGCUUCCGGCUCUGCAACCCCCUCAAGACAAUGCAACGCCUGUACCUCCAGACAGAAGACCCCGAAGGCCUUAUGAACCUGGUCAGCACGGUCCGCGAGCGCGGCUUCGACCUCGACAGCAAGAACUGGAACUACCACGUCCAGGGCCUGGCCCGGCUCAAACAGUGGCGCCAGGCCUUCACCGUAUGUGAAGAGGUGCUGAUGCCUCAGUGGAUGGGCUGGUACGCCGUGCGCGCCGAGGCGAAGGAGAAGAACCAGUUGCCGCUGGAACUGCGCCGUGCUGGCACCAACCCGGCCCGGCCGCGGCCCAUUGCGCAUACCCUGCUGAUCCUGGCCAAGGAGUACAUGGACCUGGAGCAGAUGGCGCUCUGGUCGCACGAGGCAAAUAGGGAGUUCAAGUUCAUCACCGAAAACUGCCCCAAGACGGUGCACGCAGUGACCAGCAUGGUACGGUCUGGGUCGCCGCUGGAGGCCGAGAUACUCGGGGAAGAGAGGCGGGAGGAGUCCGACGUCAUGGACACGGACUUGGAUGGGCGGUGGCAUGCCGAGAAGGUACAGGGCAGGGAGACCGAGGAGUUGCGAGCGCGAGGCGGGGGAAGGCCAGGGAAGCUGGUGAGACAGGCCACGCCGAAAUGGGCAAGGAGCGCAAGGAGAACAGAGCAGGAGAACGUGCCGUAUGAUGAUGUCUGGACACAGGGCGGAUAUCUGAAUGUCGGCGAUCCCGCGGCGCAGAAGAAGAAGGGGAGUCAAGCGGAAUUGUCUGAGGAGGAUAUCCUCAGGCGGCUGAAGGGAGAAGGCGAAAAGUAAAGUGGUUAGUCCUUAGCUCUGCGUUGUAUGAUAUAGUGCGUAUGGGAUGUGCUUGUAUACAUACAUGUAUGUACAUGUACAUUACCUUAUAUAUCAACAACCGUGACUAAGUAGAUCUGCACUUAGACAUUCUAUACAUGUGGCAACCGCGAGUUGUGUAAAAUGCAUACCUAGUGAGCUUCUGGGCGCAAUCGAUGUUCA